UGGGAGAGCCCGCCCUGGAGCAGGGGAUCACCCAGUGUCCGGAAGAUGCUGAGGACCCCCGGAGUUGCUGGGAUCCCUGGGGCAUGACCUGCACCCAGCAGCAUGCCUGGAUGGUUCAAAAAGGCGUGGUACGGGCUGGCUUCUCUGCUGAGCUUCUCCUCCUUCAUCCUGAUCAUCGUGGCCCUGGCGCUGCCCCGCUGGCUGAGUGGGAAAAUCCUCUGUCAGACGGGAGUGGACCUCGUCAACGCCACGGAUCCAGAGCUGGUCAAAUUCAUCGGAGACAUUUACUACGGACUCUUUCGCGGUUGUAAGGUGCGGCAGUGCGGGCUGGGGGGCCGCCAGUCCCAGUUCACAAUCUUCCCACACCUGGUGAAGGAGCUCAACACGGGCCUCCACGUCACGGUUCUGCUGCUCCUCUUCUUGGCCUUGGUGCUGGCUCUGGUCAGCAUGGGCUUCGCCAUUCUCAACAUGAUCCAAGUUCCGUACCGGGCAGUCAACGGCCCCGGGGGCAUCUGUCUAUGGAAUGUUCUUGCAGGUAAGGGAGGCCCCAAGGGGAGAGAGAUUCCUGCCCACGCCAUCAGGAAACUGAGUUCCAAGCAGACGGUGACCAUCCUGUAG